AUGUUGAUCAAGAAACAUAAUAGAAUUAUAUCAUUUUCCAAAAACAUUGAAAAACUUAUCUCAUUUAUUGCGCUGAUGCAAGUUGUUUUGGAUACGUUAAUUACCUGCGGUCUAGGAUUUUUCGCCAUAAUUGGUAUUCAUAACGAAAUGGGUGUUUUUGUGGUAACAAAAACCAUUUUUGCUGUUGCUCUCAUAUUGGCUGAAGUUUUCGUCAUUUGCUUUACUGGAGAACAUCUUAAUUACAAAAGUAAAUCAAUUAUCAAUGCAGCAUACGAAUUGUCGUGGUAUGAUAUACCGUCACAUCAGAGUAAAAUGUUAAUAUUAAUAAUAAUGAGAUCUCAGAAGCAACUGACCAUAUCGGCAGGAAAGAUGAUGGAUUUGUCAUUCGAAACUUAUACAAACGUCAUAAAAACAUCAGUAUCAUAUAUAUCUGUCAUGAAUGCUUUAUAUUGA